AUGGAGCGUGACAAUCUUGAAACUAAAACACCAACCGCCGGCUUUCUCAGCCUUGCCAACGAAUUGAUCCUUGAUAUCGCGGACCUCUUAGGGACACAGGGCGAUACCAGUCGGCUUGCGCAGAUCAACCGAAGGCUUCAUCUUCUGUUCACAGACCGGCUGCUGAAUUUCAACAUACAACAUGAGAACAGCGAUGCUCUCAAGUGGGCAGCUAGCAGAAACUACCAAGAGAUGGCUCGGAGACUGAUUCGGCUUGGAGCAGAUAUAAAUCCAAAGACCUGGGGACCUCCAUUGCACGAAGCAGCAGGUAGUGGGCAUUUCGACAUGGUCAAGCUUCUUUUAGACGCCGGAGCCGACCCUGAAGCAAAGAAUCGAUUGAAUGAUACGGCCAUAACCAUCGCACUCAAGGCGAACAACGAAGCUAUGGCAUGUUUCCUUUUCGAUGAGUUGAAAUCCUCGGCGGUGGCCGUCCGAGGUACCUGGAAUGCGCUACUAGACGCCAGCCGGCUCAAGGAGUCGAAUUUCAUACGGUACAUACUCGAGGCCGGCAUCCACGCCAAUAGCAAGAACCCAUCGAGCCCCUCGGCGUUAGAUCUGGUCGUGUGGCGAGACCUGGCGCCAGGCCAUGGCCUUUUCAAGAACCGAUUCGACGACGAUGCUUUCAAAUCGGUCACCAUACUCUUAGAGCACGGUGCAGAUCCCGACCGCAAAGGGCUGAAUGCCUCAGUGUUUCAGACGGUACGCGAAAACUCUGCCAGACACUCUGAUCCGAGAGUUCGCAUACUUCUUUCUAUUGCUGGAAGAGAAGAGCUGGUUAAGCAGAUUGACAGUGGUGCAUUGAGCCAAGCUUGGGAGCGAUCUACAGGCAAGGAGUUGGAUGUCCCACGAGAAGUGCUCGAGGUAAUACUCUCGAGACCUCCCAGUCGGAAUUUGCCUAAAGCGCGUUUGAAAGAGCUGUUUCCUCCAUUUGUUGACGAGGCCUGUUGGCAGAGAAUUGAAGAGGAAAAACUGGCGGCAAAACGUGCGCGACGGUUGCCCGUAGAGCAAGAGCUCAAUGCGGCCCUCCACGUGUUUGGAAGAUAUCCACACCCACAUCCACGAACAGGACCAUGGUCGGACUUAGUGCAAGAGCUCGAUGAAGACCUCGGCGAGCUUCGAAGAUAUUCAAUGACAAGACCAUGGCCGUGA